AUGGACACCACGAUGUACGCGGGGGACGCCGCGGGGAGCGAGAGGGAGAGGAUGGACGAACUAAAGAAUGCGCGGAAGGCUUUAGCGGAGGCAAGGCGGCGGGAAGAGCAGCUGGAAGGAGUGGUGAGGGAGGGCGGGAGGGCGAUGGGGGAGCUGGAGGAGUGGGUUGCGCGCAAGGUGGACGCCAUGUCGUCGCUGGCUGCCGUGCUUUGCGAGGAGUGGCUUAAGGGAGCGGAGCUGUUUCGGGCCGAGGGGGAGCGCAAGCGCGCGGGCUUGGCGGAUUGCUCGCCUUCGCAUCCGAUGAUGAUGAUCGAGCAUCUGGCAGCUCUGUCUGGUCAUGCGGAGGCGAUUCGUUCAAUGGUGCAGGCCGUGAGGGGGCUGGCGUUCGGGACCAAGGGGCAGAGCAAGGGGCAGCAAGGGGCAGGGGAGGGGCGAGCAGGCGAUGUGGACAGGGAGUCAGUGGGGCAAACGGAUGCUGAGGAAAGAGCCAUUCAAGAGGAGGUGUUUGACAAUCUUUCCACGGUGCAGGUGAGCGCGGCAAGGUGCAAGGGGCGAUUUCUGGGGGCGAUUAGUGAAAGGGGCGAGGUGCACUUGGUAGGUUGA